AUGGAUUAUUUUAAACCUGUUUUAGUUACUGAAAUUCAUCGUGGAGGUUGUGGUAAUAAUGGUCAAUUAGAAACUCAAGAAUCAAAAUCAAUUAGAAAUUUGGAAGAAGGUUUAGCAGAAGGUUCAACAGAAGGUUUAGCAGAAGGCUCAACAGAAGGUUUAGCAGAAGGUUUAGCAGAAGGGUCAGCUGAAGGUUCAGCAGAAGGUUCAACAGAAGGUUCAAUUGGAAGUUCAACAGAAGGUUCAACGGAAAGUUUAGUUAGUUUAGUUGAAGGUUUAGCAAAUCUACAAAUACAAAAAACUAAUACAUCAUUAAGUUUACCACUAAUUGAAAGAAGAUCACAUACAAUUUUAAAUUUAAUUGAAUUAUUUGAAAAUGAUUUUGAAAAUUUAGACUCUUUGGUAUUACCACCAACUCCAGAAAGUGAAACCAACCAAGAAGCUAAAGAACCUACCACUAAAUUAGAUGAUAUUGAAACAUUACCAACACCAGAAUCACUAGAAUCAAAACCAGAACCAAAAUCAUUAAAAUCAAUACCAAGACCUAAAUUAGAACCAAGACCUAAUUCAGAACCAAGUCCUAGAUCAAAAUCAAGACCAAAACCAAGAGUUUGUUCAACAAUUAUUGUAAAAUACAAUAUGUCAAGACCAGGAAAUUCCAAUCAUAUUGGAUAUAGAAGAACUAAAAAAGAAAUCAUAGCAGGUAUAAGAAGAAAUAGAUAUAGAUUUAAACAACAAUCAAAAAGAGUUAAACAAUUUAAAAAGGAAAUGAAACAUGAUAAAUAUCAAUUUUCAAAAAGAAAAUUAACUAAAUUUGUUUUAAAAAAUUCUCCACGUCUUUUAAAAUUAUAUAUUAAAAAACAAUAUAAAAAAGUUACUAAAGGUUUAUAG